UAUUAGAAUUAUACACGUCAUUAUGUGAUAAAAAUAUGGAUGCAGUGAUCGAGUGUCUGCCCCAUUUGAUCACGGGUGUAACGAGUAUUGUUAAACUUUUGAAUAUUCAUUUCAACAGAGAAAAUUUUAAAAAAUUGUUUGAAUUUAUAACAAAAGAAUGGGAGAAGUUUGAGUUAAAUAAUCAAUUUCAUGUUCUUGAAGAAAUUACCGUAAAAGGUAGUAAAAUGGCACAGUUAUAUCGAAAUACAUUGUUAUCCUUCACGGUAUUAUUUUUACUCGUACCACUGGUUUUCCCUUUUCUGGAUAUUGUUCAUCCAUUAAACGAAACUCGACCGAGACAGCAAUUAUUUAGAGUUAAUUAUUUGAUCUUUAACCAUAAUGACUAUUUUUUUUAUAUAUAUUUGCAGUUAGCUUGGGGAUCUAUCAUUGUUGUAAUGAUCAUAGUUACUAUAGAUUCGUUGUAUAUGAUUAUAAUUCAUCACAGCAGCGGAAUGUUUGCGAUGUGUGGAUAUAAAGUUCAAGAAGCGACCAAAUAUACGAAUCUAUUCAAUGACAGAAUUAUUUCUGAAAAUUACACGUAUGAACAGCUUAAAAAUUGCAUAACCAUUCACGAUAAAGCCCUUCAGUUUUACAAUAUUUUGAACGAAAGCAGUCGAAAUAGUUAUUUAAUUCAAGUUGGAUUAAAUAUGAUGGAUAUAAGCGUGACAGCUGUCCAAACAGUCGUAAAUUUAGAUAGACCGGAAGAAGCGAUUAGAACUGCUGUAUUUCUUGGAGCUGAGCAAUUUCAUUUGUUCGUAAUCAGCUUACCUGGACAGGUACUUCUGGAUCAUUGUACAGAAAUGGCAGAUAAUAUGUAUGUAUUUAACGUGUGUAUAUGUACAAUUGUAGACUCCUAUUUGCAUAAUCUUCUUUUUUUUUUUUUGAUAUCAUAUAACAGAUAUAGUUCUACAUGGUACGAAAUACCAGUAAAAAUUCAGAAAGUACUCCAUAUGAUGCAAAUAAGGAGUAAAAAGCCAUGUUCAUUGACAGCGGGCGGAUUGUAUGAAAUGAACAUGGAAAAUUUUGGAAUAGUAUGUAAUAAUUAUAGAAUUAUUUAUAAUUCUUAUUUAUUAACAUUUAUACGGUCAUUUUUAUUUUAAGACUUUUAAAAUUUGCAUGUCAUAUUUCACGAUGUUAAUGUCACUAAAGAAAUAAGUAUACGUCAAAAAUAUUUAGUUCAUGACUUCAUUGUUUUAUGUCCAGAUUGAUCAAGAAUAAUAGAAAAAAUAUAUAUAUAUAUAUAUUGUUGAAAAAUUUAAGUGAUUUUAUUAAGGUUAUUUAAUCAUAUUUUCCAUACGAUGUAUGGAUAGUAUGUAUUUUAAUAAUAAAUUAUAAUAAAUUGUAUUA